GACAACAUCGGCAGAGCAGAGCUCAGCGGCCGGACCUGCGCAUCCACUUGUUGAGUUCAUAACAGUUCACCGUCGCUCUAUUUAAAGAGGCAACAACAUGGCACACGGUCAGGUCAGACGGGAGUCGGUGGAAACGGAGAUGCACAAGUCCGAAGACAAAAGAAAAACUUUUGUUUACACCAAGAAGAAGGGCUACGAUGUAAUCCGAAACCCUCUCCUGAAUAAGGGCAUGGCUUUUUCCCUGGAGGAGCGUCUCCAGCUGGGUACCCAUGGCCUGCUGCCUCCUUGCUUCAUCAGUCAGGAUGUCCAGCUGCUCCGGGUGCUCAAGAACUACGAGAUGAAGAGGGACGACCUGGACAAAUAUGUGUUUCUGAUGGGCCUCCAGGACCACAACGAGAAACUUUUCUAUCGGGUGCUAACGUCAGACAUCGAAAGGUUUAUGCCUAUCAUUUACACGCCUACUGUGGGCCUGGCCUGCCAGCGGUAUGGCCUGAUAUUUACAAGACCGAGGGGGCUGUUUAUCACAAUUCACGAUCGUGGCCACAUUUCAACGUUGCUCAAAAACUGGCCAGAAAAGGACAUUAAGGCUGUCUGUGUGACGGACGGAGAAAGGAUCCUGGGGCUGGGAGACCUGGGCUGCUAUGGUAUGGGCAUCCCAGUGGGCAAGCUGGCCCUCUACACAGCCUGUGGAGGUGUGCCGCCACAGCAGUGCCUGCCUGUCAUGCUGGACGUGGGCACAGAUAAUGAGGCACUGCUCAAGGACCCUCUCUACAUUGGGCUAAGACAUAAGAGAGUACGAGGCCAGGCCUAUGAUGACCUGCUGGAUGAAUUUAUGAAGGCUGUGUCGGACAGGUAUGGGAUGGACUGUCUGAUUCAGUUUGAAGACUUUGCAAAUGUCAAUGCUUUCCGUCUGCUAAGCAAGUACCGCAACAAGUACUGUACAUUCAAUGAUGAUAUUCAAGGUACUGCUGCAGUGGCAGUAGCUGGACUCCUAGCUGCACUCCGCAUCACUAAAAGCAAAAUGUGUGACCACACCAUUGUGUUCCAAGGUGCAGGGGAGGCAGCGAUGGGGAUUGCUGAGCUGAUCACCAUGGCCAUGGAGAAGGAGGGACUCACUAAGGAAGAGUGUUUGAAAAAGAUCUGGAUGGUUGAUUCCAAGGGUCUCAUUGUCAAGGGUCGAGACCACUUGACUCAUGAAAAGGAGAGGUUUGCUCAUGAGCACCCACACAUAAAGAAAUUGGAGGAUGUGAUCCGGGAACUGAAACCCACAGCUAUCAUAGGUGUGGCGGCUGUUGCCGGAGCCUUCACAGAGCAGGUCAUCAGAGACAUGGCUUCCUUCAAUGAACACCCAAUCAUUUUUGCCCUCAGCAACCCAACCAGCAAAGCCGAAUGCACUGCUGAGCAGUGUUACACACUCACAGAGGGGCGGGGCAUCUUUGCCAGCGGCAGCCCAUUUGACCCUGUCACACUGCCUGAUGGGAGGACAUUCUACCCUGGUCAGGGAAACAACGCCUACAUCUUCCCCGGCGUGGGCCUCGGAGUCACCGCCUGUGCCAUCCGACACGUUACUGAGGAAAUCUUUCUCACUGCAGCAGAAGCUCUUGCUCACAUGGUGACAGAGAAGGACCUGAAGGAAGGAAGAUUGUAUCCUUCUCUCAGCUCCAUCGGGGACGUCUCUCGCAAGCUGGCUGUGAAGAUCAUGGAGUAUGCCUAUGAGCACAACAUGGCCACACUUCGCCCGGAGCCGUCCGACAAAGAAGCAUAUGUGCGCUCACUCACCUACCGCACUAAUUAUGAUGAGUUUGCUGUGGACUCUUACCGCUGGCCAGAGGACAGUAUGACUGUGCAGUCAUGCAAACUUUAGUGCACUGGACAGAGAGACAGAGUGAGUCCUGGAGGGCCUUGGUAACUACUGAUGCUGCGAUGUGAAAGAGGCUGUGUGUAGAGUUUUCUCAUGAAUAUAUUACUGUGAAAAGAAUGGUGACAAAACAUGUAGAAUUAUUGUGCUUUACAUCUCCAACAGUAAAACGCAUGGUAGUCUACAAAUAAUGCACUUAUAAAUAAGUGAAAGAAAGGAAACUGAUAAAAUGGGGGACAGAAAGUGGUAUCCAGAACUCCAGAAAUGAAAUAUUGCGCUAAUCGCUGUCGUCACAUUACAUUUCAUGAUAAUGUAUUUGGAGAAAGUUCUUCACAGGUUCCUAUUAGUUGCACUGUAAUAGGGAGUUAGAUUAUCACUGUGUAAACCAUAAAUAAAAAUGGCUUGAUUAAUGAUUUCCA